AUGCUAAGACUGGAAUGUACGACUCUUGAGGAUAAUGCCACAUUCUCUUGCACAAUUGCGAAUAGUUUUGGGAUGAGAACAGCAGAAUGCAAAGUGAUUGUAGAAGAUGAUGUUCUUGUCCACAAGUUUGUUGGAACUAAAGUCAUCUGUGACCGAGAAAGCGAAAGUGCGGACAUUCAAGCAGUACUGAAUUCUUACCCACGAUUACAAGUGAAUCUGACAACCACCUCUCUUUAUGAGAAGGCGAUAAAAGAAGAAGCAGAAGAAGAUUUUCAAUCACUGUCGAUAUCAUAUACCGGUGAAGCUCCUCGCUUCGUCUUACCUCUUAAGAAUGGCUCUUUCAAAGGGGACAAAUGUAAUGUUAAAUGUAUUGUAACAGCUACACCUGCUGCUGAAGUGGAGUGGACUAUCAACGGCGAGCGCAUAAUUGAGGAUAUAAACCAUCAUGUCAUCUACGAAGAUGGAAUUGCAAUUCUUCAAAUUCGUGAUAUAACUUGUGAAGAGCUCAGAAUAGCCUGCGCUGCUUCAAAUACUUAUGGACAAACUGUAACUGAAUGUCGUCUCAUAAGAUCAACUUCCGGAGAAGAUGCGACUGAAAGUGUACUGAGCCCAUUUUUCAUCCUACCACUAAAGGAUAUGGAAACCUAUGAGGAGAAUAUUCGAUUGAAAUGUGUCGUUUGCGGAGAACCAUCCCCAAAGGUGACAUGGUUCGUGGAUGAUAAGCAACUGGAGGAUGGGUGUGUUUUUUUUCCAAAAGUCUUUUUGUAAAA